AUGAGCGACAAGAGCGAUGGAGAGGAAGGGGGGAACGGGUGGGGAAGAAGGGAAGGAGGAGGAGGAGGAGGAGGAGGAGGAGGAGGAGGAGGAGGAGGAGGAGGAGGAGGAGGGGACGAGGAGGAGGAGGAGGAGGAGGAGGAGGAGGAGGAGGAGGAGGAGGAGGAGGAGGAGGAGGAGGAGGAGGAGGAGGAGGAGGAGGAGGAGGAGGAGGAGGAGGAGGAGGAGGAGGAGGAGGAGGAGGAGGAGGAGGAGGAGGAGGAGGAGGUGAAGGAUGUGAUGGUGGCAAAGGCAGGGGCAUACGUGAUCGUUUGUGCCAGCCAGGCACCUCCUGUGACACCAGCUGACUGA